AUGCUGGAAGACAUGAAUGGCAGCAAGGUGUUCUCCAAGCUUGAUUUACGUUGGGGAUACCACCGGAUAGAGCUGGACGAGGAAUCAAGGGAGAUAACUACGUUUGUGACACACGAGGGCCUCUAUCGCUAUAAGCGCCUCAUGUUUGGAAUUUCCUCAGCAUCCGAAAUCUACCAAAGGGUGAUAGGGCAAGUCAUUCAAGGAAUUGAAGGAGUCCGAAAUUUGUCUGAUGACAUAAUUGUUUACGGAACAGACGAGGUGGACCAUAACAGGAAGCUUACAAAAGUGCUUGACAGAUUGGCAGAGAAGGGACUGACUCUAAAUAGAGAAAAGUGCAAAUUCGGUCUGUCGAAAAUUGUAUUCCUCGGACACGUGAUUUCGUCAGAAGGAAUCCGGCCUGACCAAGGAAAGGUCCAAGCAGUAUCAGAGACCAGGACGCCGACGAAUACCGAGACGAGGAUAAUAGUGGAUGCAAGUCCCGUAGGACUGGGAGCCAUACUAGCACAGAAACAACCAGACGGAUUGUUUAAACCAAUUGCAUAUUUAAGUCGAUCUCUAACCGAUGUAGAGCAGAGAUACUCACAGACUGAGCGCGAAGCGCUGGGUGUAGUGUUCGGUUGUGAAAAGUUCCACAUGUACAUAUACGGACUAGAGUUCGAAAUCUGGACUGAUCAUAAGCCACUGACCUACAUUUACUCUCCAAAGUCAAAACCACCAGCCAGGAUCGAGCGAUGGAUUUUGCGACUACAGCCUUAUAAGUAUAAGAUCGUCUACAUACCUGGACCAAAGAAUGCUGCUGAUGCUCUAUCGAGAUUGAGCCGAAAUCGGGUUGGCCGAAUACGCCACAUUGCAGAGGAGUACGCGUAUUUCAUCGCAGAAAAUGCUGUACCAAAAGCACUGACCAUCCAAGAAGUUCGUCAGAAAACAUCGGAGGACCCAGAACUCGCGGAGAUUAUGAGGAAGAUCAAGACGGGGGACGGCCGUCUGAGUCCAAAAUUUCGUACCGUGGAGGCGGAGCUUUCAGUCGUUGACGGAAUAGUAUUACGUGGAUCGCGCAUCAUAUUGCCCAAGUGCCUCAGGAGGCAAACAGUAUCCCUGGCCCACGAAGGACACCAGGGUAUUGUCCGGACGAAACAGAGACUAAGAGAGAAGAUAUGGUGGCCAGGUAUCGAUAUAGAAGCCGAGCGAUUUGUCAGAGCGUGUCAUCAAUGCCAACUUUUAACAAACAGCAAUAGACCCGAACCAGUUCGAACAACUGUUUUACCUGACGGGCCAUGGCAGGAUCUGGCUAUAGACCUUAUGGGACCGUUUCCCUCUAGGGAAUACCUAUUAGUCGUUAUAGACUAUUUCUCCCGAUUCCAGGAAGUAGCCAUAAUGAAGAAGAUAACUAGUGAGAGGAUCAUUUUCCAACUUGAAAAUAUGUUCGCAAGGCACGGCUUACCUUACAGCAUGCGGAGUGAUAAUGGACCACAGUUUGUGUCGGAGGAGUUUAAGGGAUACCUGGAUUUAAAUGGUAUCAAACACAUUCGGACCACACCAUACUGGCCGCAAGGGAAUGGGGAAGUAGAAAGGCAAAACCGAACAUUACUAAAAGCUAUAAAGGCGGCAAACGCGGAACGUAAAGAUUGGAGACGAGAAUUACCAAAGUUCUAA